CUCCAGAGUAAAAUUAAUCACUAAAUUUGAGAAGAAAAAAUACAUAGCUUCAAUAAUUGCUGUAUAUCCAUGCCAAUUUCUUCCAAUUUCAGGGGAUUAAUCUGAGGAUUUUUUAAUAUCAAAAAGUUGGAAUUUUUGGUAUAUAUAUAUAUUGAUUUGGUGAUAUAGAGGGUUUAAUGGGUAAAGGAGGGGAAAAUUAUGGGAGGAAAGAGGGUUCGGGGAAAUCGUCGAAAGAUCCGAACCAGUAUGCGGCGUGGGCGAAGGAUGUGAAGGAAUGUGAACUAAAUUAUGAGGUAGAUAGUAAGAGUGGAUUAUCGGAUAGCGAAGUUAAGAAGCGGUUAUUGAAGUAUGGGAGUAAUGAGUUGGAGAAACAUGAAGGGCAGUCGAUAUGGCGUUUAGUUUUGGAUCAGUUUAACGAUACGUUGGUUAGGAUUUUACUUGCUGCGGCUGUAAUAUCGUUUGUGUUAGCGUGGUAUGAUGGUGAAGAAGGCGGUGAGAUGGAGAUCACGGCAUUUGUUGAGCCGUUGGUGAUUUUUCUUAUACUUAUUGUUAACGCGAUUGUUGGUGUUUGGCAAGAAAGUAAUGCGGAGAAAGCUUUGGAAGCGCUUAAGGAGAUUCAGUCAGAACAAGCGGCUGUGAUACGUAAUGGUAAGAAAGUGAAUGGUCUUCCUGCCAAGGAGCUUGUUCCUGGUGAUAUUGUUGAACUUAGGGUUGGAGAUAAAUUCCCGGCUGAUAUGAGGGUUAUAAGUUUAGUUAGUUCGACUCUUAGAGUUGAGCAAGGGUCGUUGACUGGAGAGAGUGAGGCCGUUAGUAAAACUACUAAACCUGUUCCUGAAGAGUCGGAUAUCCAAGGGAAGAAAUGUAUGGUGUUUGCAGGGACAACUGUUGUAAAUGGGAACUGUUUCUGUAUGGUUACAGACACGGGGAUGAAUACCGAGAUUGGAAAAGUGCAUUCUCAGAUUCAAGAGGCAUCUCAGAAUGAAGAAGACACACCGCUGAAGAAGAAGUUGAAUGAGUUUGGAGAAGUUUUGACUAUGCUAAUUGGGUUAAUUUGUCUUCUUGUUUGGCUUAUCAACGUAAAGUAUUUCCUCACAUGGGAGUAUGUUGAUGGGUGGCCAAGGAACUUCAAGUUUUCAUUUGAGAAGUGCACUUAUUACUUUGAAAUUGCUGUAGCAUUAGCAGUUGCUGCAAUCCCAGAAGGUUUACCUGCUGUGAUUACUACUUGUUUGGCCCUUGGCACACGUAAGAUGGCUCAGAAGAAUGCCCUUGUUAGGAAGUUACCUAGUGUCGAGACUCUUGGGUGUACAACAGUGAUUUGUUCUGACAAAACUGGUACUCUGACCACUAAUCAGAUGGCUGUGGCCAAGCUAGUUGCCAUGGGUCAUGGGGCAAAUUCUUUGCGAUCAUUCAAUGUUGAAGGGACCUCAUACAAUCCAUUGGAUGGGAAAAUAAAAGACUGGCCAGCUGGGAAAAUGGAUACUAACCUUCAGACUAUUGCAAAGAUUGCUGCUUUGGCCAAUGAUGCAGGCAUUGAACGAUCCGAAAAGGGUUAUGUUGCCACUGGAAUGCCAACUGAAGCAGCACUAAAGGUUCUUGUUGAGAAAAUGGGUCUUCCAGCUGGAUUGGGCUCUGGCUCAUCUACAGGAGAUGGUGACCUUAUGGUUUGUUCUCAGCAGUGGAGUAAAAUUGAAAACAGAAUUGCCACUCUUGAGUUUGACCGUGAUAGGAAGUCUAUGGGGGUCAUUGUCUCCAAGUCUGGGAGAAAUUCACUACUUGUAAAGGGUGCUGUUGAGAAUUUGUUGGAAAGGAGCUCCUACAUUCAGCUGCUUGAUGGUUCUGUUGUUGAACUUGACAACAGGUCCAAAUCAACUAUCCUAGAUAGUCUUCACGAGCUGUCCUCUUGUGCAUUGCGUGUGUUGGGUUUUGCGUACAAGGAGGACCCUCCAGAGUUUAUAACAUACAAUGGCGAUGAAGACCAUCCUGCUCACAAUCUUUUACUUGAUCCAUCUAAUUACUCUAGAAUUGAAAGUAAUUUAAUCUUUGCUGGAUUAGCUGGACUCAGGGAUCCCCCUCGAAAAGAAGUUCCCCAGGCCAUUGAAGACUGCAGAAUAGCUGGAAUUCAAGUUAUUGUCAUCACAGGAGAUAACAAGAACACGGCAGAAGCAAUUUGUCGUGAAAUAGGUGUAUUUGGGCAACACGAGGACAUCAGUUCAAGGAGCUUAACUGGAAGGGAAUUUAUGGAUCUCAAUCAUCAAGAUCAAAAAGCUCAUUUAGCAUACAAAGGAGGUCUUCUAUUCUCUAGGGCUGAACCACGUCACAAGCAAGAGAUAGUGAGGCUGCUCAAAGAUGCAGGUGAAGUGGUUGCCAUGACCGGGGAUGGUGUGAAUGAUGCACCUGCAUUGAAAUUGGCUGAUAUCGGAAUUGCAAUGGGUAUUGCUGGUACUGAGGUCGCCAAGGAAGCUUCUGACAUGGUUUUAGCCGAUGAUAACUUUAGCACAAUUGUGGCUGCUGUUGGAGAAGGCAGGUCAAUAUACAAUAAUAUGAAGGCCUUUAUCCGCUAUAUGAUUUCUUCAAAUAUCGGUGAGGUUGCCUCCAUUUUUUUAACUGCUGCCAUCGGCAUUCCAGAAGGCCUGAUACCUGUUCAGCUUCUAUGGGUCAAUCUUGUGACUGAUGGACCACCCGCCACAGCCUUGGGUUUUAACCCACCUGACAAAUACAUCAUGAAAAAGGCGCCACGCAGGAGUGACGAUUCAUUAAUCAGUGCCUGGAUUUUAUUUCGCUAUCUGGUAAUUGGUCUCUAUGUUGGCAUAGCGACCGUGGGGAUUUUCAUUAUAUGGUACACUCAUGACUCAUUUUUGGGUAUUGACCUCAGUCAAGAUGGUCAUACCCUCGUCACCUACUCCCAGCUUUCAAACUGGGGUCAAUGCAAAUCAUGGGAAAAUUUCACCGUCUCACCUUUCAUAGCUGGAGACCAUUUGUUCAAGUUUGACACUAACCCAUGUGAUUAUUUCCAAGGCGGGAAAGUCAAAGCCAUGACACUCUCUCUAUCAGUAUUGGUUGCAAUCGAGAUGUUUAAUUCAUUAAAUGCCCUCUCGGAAGAUGAAAGCCUUUUGACCAUGCCACCAUGGGUCAAUCCAUGGUUACUUUUAGCAAUGUCGGUCUCCUUUGGGCUUCAUUUCGUGAUCCUAUAUGUCCCCUUCCUUGCACAAGUGUUUGGUAUUGUUCCUUUAAGCUUCAACGAGUGGCUGCUGGUAUUGGCUGUUGCUUUACCUGUUAUAUUGAUUGAUGAGAUUCUUAAAUUCGUGGGCCGGUUAACUAACGGAAGUCAAGUUAGCUCAAGACCUUUAAAGCGGAAAACAGAGUGAUAUCAUAACUCAGAUAAAUGUGGCUAAUGUUCCCUAUAAUAUCCAUAAAUCUGUUGACUGACAUUAUAUUGCUUGUGAUCCGGCCUUCUCACAAGCCCAUAGCCUAGUUAAAAAUGGAAAGGGUAGGCCGGAGCAUGGACAAAUUUCUAGCAAUAGUUUUGGUAGAAGUUAGCGUGAUCUUUUAUUUCUUUUUUUUUUCUUUACUCCAUAUCAUAUUUCAGGACUUUUGGCAAAGCUGAAAUUGGUUGGAACCAGAACGGAAACAAUUUAAAAGUUAUUCUCACUUCUAUUUAGUCGAUGCAGUUUUCGUGUAUGUA